ACCAUGGAAAACGAUACCAUGGGCUUCCUUGACAUGGCUACAACAACAGAAUUUGACUACGGCGAUUCAGCACCAUGCACGGGGACUGAAGAAAAGCACUUUGCAGCCAAUCUUCUGCCACCGCUUUAUUCUUUAGUGGUAAUAUUUGGCCUCACAGGCAACAUGCUCGUUGUCCUCAUCCUGAUAAAAUACAAGAGAUUGAAGAGUAUGACUGACAUCUACCUGCUCAAUCUGGCAAUUUCUGAUUUGCUGUUUAUAUUUUCUCUUCCUUUUUGGGCCUAUUAUGCUGUUCAUGACUGGAUUUUUGGGGAAGCGUUGUGCAGAAUUCUCUCAGGUGUCUACCUCCUUGGCUUCUACAGCGGCAUCUUUUUCAUAAUCCUGUUGACCAUAGACAGGUAUCUGGCCAUAGUGCACGCAGUGUUUGCUUUGAAAGCGAGGACAGUUACCUAUGGCAUCCUCACCAGCAUUGUCACUUGGGCUGUUGCUAUGUUUGCCUCUGUUCCUGGGAUAGUAUUUCACAAAACUCAGAAGGAAAAUUCACGGUAUACGUGCAGUGCUCAUUAUCCAAGUGAUGGCUCAAUUAAUUGGAAGUACUCCUACAUUUUAAAGAUGAACAUUCUGGGACUUAUCAUUCCAAUGUUCAUUAUGAUUUUCAGUUACUCUCAAAUUCUAAAAACAUUAUUGGGAUGUAGGAAUGAGAAAAAACAGAAGGCUGUCAGACUUAUUUUUGUGAUCAUGAUUUUUUACUUCAUCUUCUGGACACCAUUCCAUAUUGCUUCUUUUCUGCAUACAUUUCAAACUUCAUUUUUUGACACAGAUUGUGAAAUCCAAAGUAAACUGGAGAAAGCAAUCCAAGUGACAGAAACAAUUUCAAUGAUCCACUGCUGUAUCAAUCCUGUGAUCUAUGCAUUUGUUGGAGAAAAAUUUAGAAAAUAUCUUUAUAACUUCUUCCGAAAGCAUGUUGCAGCUCACCUCUGCAAAAAAUGUCCAUCUCUUUAUCGUGAAAAAUUAGAAAGAGUUAAUUCCACAUUCACACCAUCCACUGCAGAACAUGACAUCUCUACUGGACUGUAA